AUGUCGCUGAAUCUGAUGAAGACUAUGCUAAUGAAGAUCAUAUACAUGGAAUUACUACAGACGGAGGAUCUGGUGGAAAUAGAGGAAUCUGUUGGAGCUGUGAACUGUCUGGUCACAAGCAUCCAGCCAACACGUCCUCAGCUCCACAUCUCCUCCUCAGGUCCUGGUGGGAGUCCAAGAGCCUCCAGCAGCGUUCCUGGUUCUGUCAGCAUUCCUUCACUGAGCCACAUAAUCUCUGCAGCAAACAACAACCCAAGACGAGCUGCAAGCUUACCUGACAUGAAGCUGCAGAGCAGCUUUGAGGAGUUCACACCUGACUUCAGUGAAGACAACGAAGACGAUGGAAGCUACAGGUUCCAGUGCUCCUGCCCGGGCCUGUACCAGUGCAGUGUGACCGGCCUGGUGUUUGACAUGGAGGCAGAGGGGGACGUGGUUUACAGGACGGUCCCUUGGAACAGGAGGCUCCUGGUCCAACAUCACAAGAAGCCUGCAGGACCCCUGUUUGACAUGGAGUGUGUGCAGCAGUCUGUGCGUCAGCUUCACCUCCCACACUGCCAGAUCCGCCCCACAGCUGGAUCUCUGGCAGUGGCUCGCGUGACAGAUGACGGCAUCGAGUUCAUCGCCCCUCUGAAGAUCACAGAAACUCACCUCGUUAUCAACAUCACAGGCUUUUCUGCUUUCGGUAUUGUGAAGGACGAAGACUCUCCCCCCGACCCGGUCUGAGCAUUGGUUCUGCUGUUCUACAGGCCACCAGAUGAUCCAGAUGUCACAUCCGUCCUCAAUGUCUUGUUGCUGCCGAAAAACGUUUCCCUGCGCGAUGUGCAGCGCACCAGGAGGAAGUUAGUGGGAGAGGAGAGGUACAUCGAGACGUCUCCACACUGUAAACUGCACCCAGAUCAGGUCUACAUUCUGUCCACUGCUCCUGAAGACGACUCGGUUCUCGUUCAGCCAACAGAUGCUGAAUUUGACGAGGACUCCUACGACAACUACUUCCCAACGUUCCAGGUGAUUCUGGAGAUGGCGAUGAAACAUAUGAAGCUGUUUCUGAGAGACAGCAGCUCCCACAGUGUCUGGGAAAGACGAAUUUGUCUUUCCUCCGCUGGACAAAUGAAGACCUGUGCAUCAAACCUUCCAAACGAGAAGCUGCUGGACAUACGCAGCUGCUUCAUCGACGGCACAUCAGGACCUGUUCUCAAUAGUCUGCUGGACAAGCUGCUGGAGAAAAGGGUGUUCACCGACUCUGAGAGGGAGUCAGCAGACGAGAAGCAAAACAGAAGAAACAAAGCUCGUUUUGUUGUGGACACGGUGAGAAAGAAAGGCGACGCUGCCAGUUCAGAGAUGAUCGACUUCCUCUGUGAGGUUGAUCCCUUCCUCUGUGAACAUCUGGACUUGAUGUGA